GUACUUUUAGUUAAAAAAUGGAGAUACCCUCCCUCAAUAAACACUUCGUGAUAGAAAUUGAUCUCAGGAGUUUCAAAUACAUUACGUAUAAGAGGCUUUCUAUUGCUUUCCAACAUAAAUGGUUGAAAAGUAAAAUUGAGGAGUGAAGUGAAAAUCGCAGAAGCGGAAUCUCUCUCUGGUUGCCAUUUGUUUUAAUUUCAGUUUUUGCAUUUCGUUUUGUGAUUCGGCACGGGUCUCACAGGAGAAGAUGGAAAACGGUGAGGAACAGAAGUACGGAGUUCGGAAAUUAGAGAUCUCAGACAAGAGCAAAGGCUUCAUCGAGUUGCUUCAGCGUUUGCAAUUCCGUCUCUGACACAGACUUCGAGGAUCGAUAUCGAGAGCUCAGUGCCGUUGGAGAUGAUCACGUUAUCGGCGUGAUGGAAGACAAGGCUUCUGGAAAGAUCAUCGGAACAUUUUAGCAAGAGGAGAAAAUGACAAAAGCUUGUAGCAGCGGUUCGGGGUAAAGUAUCUGCAGAAAAUGGACACGUAUAAAUAGUCCGUGCCGCGAAAAAUCAUAAGGACUAUAAGUGGACCAAAAUCGCGGAGAGCAACAGAAAUUCAAAACGCAGAAAUAGAAGGAAGAAGAAUCGUGAAUCAAAUUCGAUUGAAGAAAAAAUGUUUCCUGUUUGCAACCUUUCUCCUCUUUCUCUGCAACCGGGCAUGGUGAUUCAGGUUCACGGAAAACCUACCGGACAGUCUUCGUUUCUCUCUGUCAUCAACUCCUCGUCUUCCGGCGAGAGAAUCAGCACGCGCCCAAGUACCAUUUCGCCAUUCGAAUCCCGAAUCUCACUCGUUUUCGCUCUCGCUUCUCAAGCCAACUCUCUCAGCCAGCGACUUCUAGCUGAUGUCGCUGGGGAGACAGCCAAAUACUUGUUUCCGAAGAGAUUCGAAAGCCGUAAUCUCGAGGAGGGGUUGAUGAGUGUUCCGGACCUUGAGACUGUCGAGUUCAAAGUUUUGUGCAGAAGGGACCAGUAUGAGAUUCGGGAAGUUGAGCCUUACUUUGUGGCUGAGACAACAAUGCCUGGGAAGAGGGGAUUUGAUUUCAAUGGUGCUUCUCGGUCCUUUAAUGUCUUAGCUGAGUACCUUUUCGGUAAGAAUACAAAGAAUGAGAAAAUGGAGAUGACUACACCUGUUUUCACAAGUAAGAAUCAAUCUGAUGGGGUUAAAAUGGACAUGACAACUCCUGUGUUAACAACAAAGAUUGAAGAUCAAGACAAGUGGAGAAUGUCUUUCGUCAUGCCAUCGAAGUAUGGUGCUAACUUGCCACUGCCUAAAGAUUCUUCUGUGACAAUUAAAGAGGUGCCCAGAAAAAUAGUUGCUGUAGUUGCCUUUUCAGGUUUUGUGAAUGAUGAAGAAAUUAAGCAGCGCGCACUGAAACUACGAGAAGCUUUAAAAAGUGAUAAUCAGUUUAAGAUUAAAGAAGGAACUUCAGUAGAAGUUGCACAGUAUAAUCCACCAUUUACUCUUCCAUUUCAACGACGUAAUGAGAUUGCAUUGGAGGUGGAAUGGAAUAAUAAAUAGGAAUAGUAUUCACCAAUUUAAGGUACUUCUGAAUUUCCAUCACUGAUGCUGUAAGCUGUAAAGGUUGACCAGUUCAAUAUCAUGUAUCGGAUUGCAAUAAUAGAUUUUUUGUUCUCAAUAUUGAUGCAUGUCUUGUAUUUUACACACACACACACACAAUAUUAGAGUGGGAAUUGUACAAUCGAUGAUGGAGGAUUUACCAAUUAAUGCAUGUUUAAAUCUAGCAUUGUAAAAUUACA